CCUAAUUAAAGAAAUGUCAGCCAAACUCACAGCAGAAGCUUUUGGAUGUCCAUUAGGAUGCCAAUGGAUGUUAUAAAAGGAAACCUAGACGGAAUUUCAAAGCCAGCAUCAAGUUCAAGAACACAUCCCGGAAGCAGGAGUUCAAGCUCUUCUUUAGAGGUGCUCUCACCAGAACCAGGGCCCUGCAAGGUUCAAACUACAAGCAAGUUAAAUUCUGGUAAAGAGGACCACUCAGGAGGCAGUAAUACAGAGGAGAGAAGAGGCAGUAAGGAUGAUAAAAGCACAGACUGUUUUGGAAAAAUAAAGCUGGCCGAAGAGGGCUCAGGUGAAGAUAUGAACUUGAUUCAACGUCAGAUAAUCCCUGAGCAUUCAGAUGAAACCAAAUUAAAAGAAUUAGAUUCUCAACUUCAAGCUGCUAUUCGUAAGAUGAAAAGACUUGAUAAAAUAUUGGCAAAGAAACAGUACAGAGAAAAAGAAAUUAAGAAGCAAAGUCUGGAAAGGCGAGUAAAGCUCUGGAAAGAACUUAAGUCUGUAAAACAUAGAGAAGCUUUGCAAAGUAAUGAGGAAAUGGAAAAUACAAAAAAAUUUUUUUCUUUGACUGCUGCGUCGGAACAAGCUGUUGGUGAAAGCCAUGAANNNGAAGACACCUUUUUCUCAGUGUUUCAUACUCAAGUCCCUCCAGAACAUUAUGAAAAUGGUAUGCAGAAUGUCAGUCCAGCCAAGAAAUCCAGAAGCCCAGUGCUUAUGAGUGAUGCAGAAAAGAAAAGGCUGGAUGAACUCUUGAGGGACUUGGAUGAUGGAGAUUCGGGGCUGUCCAGUUCUGAGGGUGAUCGCUGUGGCUGGCUUAUCCCAGGAGAAGGAUACGCGUUUGCAGCCAGGGAGCAUGAGCAACUUGCUGAAAUUGACUCAAAACUCCAGGAGUUCUGUGCAGCCUCCCCAACAGUUUUCAAUUUUUCUCCAAGACUUGAAAAUGAGAGCGAUCAGGACCCUGAACUUGAGGAUGAAAGAAAUGUGGAAAUAACUCCAGGAGAACAGGUACUUCGAAACAUUAAAGAGCAGCGGGAUCAGAAAAAUCGGCUGAAAGAGAUCAAUGAAAAACUGAGAAAGAUCAAAGAAAAUGUGCUAGAGUCCACAUCACUUCUCUCUGAAGAACAGCUAAAGUGUCUCCUGGAUAAGUACACAUUCAAACAGAAAUCCAUCACUGGGUGGAUUUCCAAAAAGGAAAAUGAAGGCAUUGAGAAUAAGAUGGCUGACUUGCCCCGAAUUUCAAGAUCUAUCCUGUUAGAGUUACUAAAUGGAUCAGAAGCAGAAACCCAGAAAACAGAGGAGGAGGAUGGAGAUAUGCACGAGCAUGCAGAGCGUGAAGGUUCUGUAGACUAUCAUCUCACCCAAACCUUGGCUGGGCAUUAUAUGGCAGAAACCCUUGUCAUUGAAGCAGAGAAUGUGAAAUGCCUCCAGUUUUCCAAAGAUGAGGUUGUUAGUAACACAGAAGACUAUUUUAUGUCAAAGACUCUUGGCAUUGGAAGACUACGAAGGCCUUCUUUCUUAGAUGAUCCACCAUAUAAUAUCAAUAUGAACCUUUCAUUGGAAGACCAGCACCUGAAACUCAGUUCUCCCAAGGAACCAAUAUCAGAUAAACAGGAGAUGAAAGACGUCAUGGAAGAAUGUGAGGAAUCUUAAGCAAGGACUUGCUGGGAUAUAUUCUUAAGAAAGUUGGUAAUUAAGUUAAAUUACUUGUUUUCUUGGAAUUCUUUAAAUUUAAAGAGCAUUGUAGAGACUAUUCCCCAAAUAAUGAUUUGGACAUUUGACUUUUCUCAUAGAUUUCAUUUCCUUGAUAUUUUUGAGACUUGAGGUGUAAUUGUUUGUCUUCAUUGAAGUUUCUGGGGAAAUUUAUUUAUAAAUGUAUCACUAAUCUUACAGUGCCAGGGAUAUGUUAUGAAAGCCAACAUUUUAAUGUAUACAUUAUGUUAAGCUUAGUGGAAAUGGUACGAAUAUCCUGUAUUUGAUUUCAUGUGUUUCAAUCUUACUGUGGCUCAGAUGGGGAUCACUAUGGAUAUUUGUCCUGGUCUGUUUUUCCUUCUCUCUGUUCACUGUCAUUGGUACAACUUACCACAGGGAGAAAUAAACUUCCUCCAUCAAGCAGCAUCAGGGAAGCCUGUAUUUUCUUAUUAAUGAUUAUACCCAUUCAGGUAGGACGGUGAAGAGUUAUUUGAUACAUUUCUCUCAGUUCUUUCACAUACUACCUUUUAGAACACAGCAAAUAAAGAUGAAUGACUUUUUAUGAAAAGUCUAUAACACUAUUUUCAGAGACAUUUGCUUAAUUAUAUAUUAGUAACUUGGAUUCAUAAGAAAAUUUUAUAUCAACACUUUAUCAGAUGAGUU